AUGCGCCACUCGUACGCCCCUCUCCUCCUUCUCGCUGGCCAGUCUCUCGCGGCGCCCGUAGACAACGCCAAUGAGACUCCAGCCGGCGUCCUACACCUGCCUCUGGUCCCCGUCACCCCUGAUCCACAGGACGCCGACCUGUCAAAGCGCCAGGCCCAAGCCGACCUGGAAGUGUACCGCUUCCUCGGCCGCCGGCCGGUAGUAGGCUUCGGCAUGCCUCUCGAGCUGGGCACGCCGGCGCAGACGGUCAUUGUAGAACCAGACACGGGCUCCGACCUGUUCUGGGUGCCGCAGGUGCGCGCCGGCAAGGUAAGAGAUGAGCCGGCAUCCGUCUACUUCGACAAGGACCGCAGCACCAGCCGGCGCGAGCUCAAUAAGGAAUACGGCUCGCAAUACGGCCAGAACGAAUUCGUUCUCUGGAACGUGAGUGCCGACGUGGUAUCCAUAAAAGGUCGUUCGCUGGGCGAGCUGCAGUUUGGUGUUGCCAACCUCGAGAAAUGGCCUACCCGCGUAGGGCGCAACGUCGGCAUCCUCGGCCUGAGGGCGCCCGGGCCCAAGAACUCGUACGCCAACGAGUUCAUCCUCAAGAAGAUGCUGGAUAACAAGGUGAUUUCCGACGCGGCCUUUAGCAUGAGUGUGGAUGGGAAUGGCAAGGGCGCCAUCACCUUUGGCGGCUACGACACCAAAAAGUUUGCCGGCCCGCUUGAAACGUUCCCAUUUGCGUCUCAGACAUCAAACCACUACGUCGUCAACAUGAAGUCCAUCUCGGUGUCUGACGGCACCGACGCCGACCAAGUCAUCCAGGGCCAAGGCCUGACCAUCGGACUCGACUCGGGGUCUCCGGCGGUGGCGCUGAAAAAGGCCCUCUACGACCAGGUCGUGGCGGCGCUGGGAGCCACGGUCCCCCAGGGCAGCAGCGUCCCCGUCGUCAACUGCACCUUGAUGCGGGAUGCUCGCCUCACGCUGGCCAUGAGCGACACGUUGUCCAUCACGAUUCCCGUCAAGGACUUUGAGAUGAAUAUUCCGCAGCUGAAGACGGGAGGCAACUGCCCGGUGGCCAUUAUUUCGGGAAACUACCCUGCUGAUGUUUGGAUCGGCGGUCAUUUCCUGCGCAGGGCCUAUGUCGUGUACGACUCGGCACGCAGGAACAUCCACGUGGCGCGGGUUGGCAACUGCGGCUCCAACGUGGUGGCUAUCAGCGGCGGCCUUCCGACCGGGCUUGUUGGCGAGUGCUCCGAACAGCCGCUCGGCCCGAUCCCCGCUCCGGAUGCGCCCGGCGACCAUUAA